AUGUGCGGUGGCUGGGCUUGCGCCUCCUACGACCUGGCCUGCAAUAAUCCUCCCUUGUCCACCCUGCGUUUCACCGGUCGGGACUUCAUACCCACGCCCUGCGGUCCUUGCGAUAAGUGUUAUGUUCUAGAUACUAGCCGCAAGAAGAACACCAACAACUGCUAUGUCCCGCACAUCCUGUCCCCACUGGAGGCACAGCUUUGCUCACUGGACAGUAGUCAGAAAAAAAAGGAAGAGGGGUAAUCAUUAGGAGGACAUGCGGGGUUAUACUAAUGAAAUUAUAAGUGUGAAUCUUCUUGUACCUCCUAUUCCCAAAGGAAGCUAAUAAAAUUCGAGGGACCUUAGAAA